UUUAAUUCAAAGAUCAUGUCUGUGUUUUAUUUAUUUAUCUUGUAUCUGUUUUAUGUAAAUUUCAAAUGCUGAUUAUUGGAUUAGUAGUCAAAUUGGAAAUGGUGAUAGACAACCAGGAUAUUCUCUCUGUUUCUUUCAGUCCAAAAUGUUAUUUUUUUCCUUCUCUCAAUCCAAAUCUGAUCUCUAUCUUCUGUUAAAGUUUUAACUUCUUAAAUCCCAGUUGUUAUUUACAUGUAGAUUUGCUGACAAACUGGUGAAAACUAAGAAACAAAAGAAGCAAUGGCACUUACUUGGACUCAUAGAGACAGAGGAGAAAUUAGGGUCCAUGAGAAUUUGGAGGAACUAAGCAUAGACUUGGUAGAUUACAUAGCUGAGAUAUCAGAAGCAUCAAUUAAAGAACAUGGUGCUUUCUGCAUUGCGUUAUCAGGAGGCUCACUCAUUAGCUUGAUGGGAAAAUUGAUCGAGCAGCCUUACGACAAGAUUGUAGAUUGGGCUAAAUGGUAUGUUUUUUGGGCGGAUGAGCGUGUGGUAGCUAAAAGCCAUGACGAUAGCAACUACAAGCUCGCCAAGGAUAAUCUCCUCUCUAAGGUAAAUGUGUUUCCGAGACAUAUAUGUUCCAUUAACGACACAGUUUCGGCAGAGGAAGCUGCAACAGAGUAUGAGUUUGCCAUCCGACAGAUGGUGAGAACACGAACCGUGGCUGCUUCUGAGAACAGUGACUGUCCCAAGUUUGAUCUGAUCUUGCUUGGGAUGGGCUCCGAUGGGCAUGUAGCCUCGCUCUUCCCGAACCACCCAGCACUUGAGGUGAAGAACGAUUGGGUUACGUUCCUAACCAACUCUCCUAAACCGCCACCAGAGAGGAUCACACUCACUUUCCCCGUCAUUAACUCAGCCGUUAACGUCGCUAUAGUGGCAACCGGCGAAUCCAAAGCCAGUGCCAUUCACUUAGCAAUCGAUGAUUUGCCAUUACAGAGCAACUCUGUCUCUCUGCCUGCACGGCUGGUCAACCCAAGCAACGGGAAUCUGUUCUGGUUUAUGGAUAAACCAGCCGGGUCUAAACUUGACAGGUUUAAAUUUUCUGAGUAGGAUUUAAAAUUUCCAAACGCAAAUG